ACACCACCCACGCCAACCAACCAGCCAACCCUUCAUUCCACCAACCAACUACUGCCAUCCCUAUGAACCAACUGAUCAGUGCGCCCAGUUGCCUACGCUAUCCUCUGAAGUCGUCGAUCUAACUGAGCAAACCCAUCUAUCGUGCCAUCCUGUUCCUUCAGCACUAUUGUCGAGGAAGAGCCAUCUUUCCAACCCUAAGAUCCUGAGAUCCUCAGAUCCUCAGAUCCCCAACUUCAAGCACUCUCUCUUUCUCAAAGUUGCAGCCUCUCUUUGUUUCGCUGGCUCACUUGCACGCUUUGAGUCGAAGCUCCAGAUCAGGAUUCAAGUUGAUCCUCUGCCGUGUCCACAUUUCACAUCUCGCAUUUCAUCUCGCAUCUGACACAACUGGGAGUCACGGGCCAAUCACCCUUCCGUCGCCAACCAUCAUCCCAAUCGUAAUCCCUCAGCCUUCCUCACCCUACCAACAAAGCCACAUCCUCCACCAAUAUUCUAACCUCGUCUGCGCGAGACCACCUCUCUUUCUACAGGCAAAAAGACAUACUUUCGCUGAAUUUUGUCUUCCUCUUGUCGGAUUCAGCGGCCUGCGCCUGUGUCCUUCCGCGCUUGCUCUUUCCUCGCAUUUCCAUCACCGGUCUUGCCGCCCGCACACCUUCACCACUCGCGAUUCCUCCCCAGCGACGCAACACUUUGCAAACACCGCGACAAACCAAACCAGACUAGACUAGGCCACUGUCGUCACUGCAGCUUUCGCACCCUGGGCCACGCUAGGCGCAGUGCUGGGAUGGCUUCAUCCAAGUCUUGCGCAUGACUUGACCGAUCCUGCCUUAUCGGCCCUCCAACACCUCCAUCACUGCUGCCCUGACGGUCUGGCGAUGGACCAUUAGCGUGGGCCAUUGCGACAAAAUGUCCAGCGGUAUGAACACAACACCUUCAACUCAUCACCGUCUGUCAACAUUCAAACACUCGUCGACCGAUAUCACCACCCAUUUAGAUCAUCGCAUCUCCCACCUCACCCAUUCUAUUCUACCCCGACAACCAUACCUCCUCUCCGUCCCCUCAGACAUUCCUUACAGACACAGUUCGAGGUUCAUCAGUAAUUGGUACGAAGGCACGCCUUUCGAUCCAUCAGAAGAACAGUUGCAAUACAUCAGUUUCUUGUCUCACCAGGGUGACCACGAGACCUUGCUGAAAGUUGAAGGCGCCUGGGCCGACGAUUACGGCAACCGCAUCGAGGACGAGGACCUCUCCCCUCGUACCGUUCCAAAUACCGGCGAAACCACCCCGGCGGCGUCGACUCAUCGCAAGAAAAUCAGUCUCAAAGACUACAAGACAAAGGCGCGCUCCCCGGACUCCUCCCGGCCUCCCACUGCCACUCGCUCUCCCCAGAUUCAUACCAAGAGCCCGCUCCCGGAAAGCAAACCUCACGAUUCAGAGAACCAAGUGACACCGGCCCCGGUGUUAAAGCUCGACUCAGCAGCGGCAGUUUCCCCAAAGCCGUCAGCUCAGCGCGAAUCUCAGACACGACCCGAUCGUAACUCUCAGGAAUUGCGCACAUCAGACACUCCUAACGCGGCAAAACGAAGGAAAUUAUCGCCGCCCUUCGAGGACAACCGACCAAUCAAGAUGCCGACACAGGUCGAGUCUCAGUCUAAGAUCUUGAAAAUGCCACGCCUUUUGUCCCCAACUCUCCCCUCCCCUGACACUUCCAAGGCGAUGCCAGAUCUCCUAUCGCCGCUGUUGCCCGCAUCCCUCACCUUGGCCCUGUCUUCUCCCUCUGACACACUGUCCCUGGGUAGUCCCGCCGUUAACCCUCAGACCCGUACAGAUCCUGUCAAGGCCAUCCUUGCGUCCGCCGAUCUCGACAGUUCGCCCGCCUUGAGAAACGGUCUCCCGCCUUCUGUCAACAGAGUUCGGUCUGAUAGCCAGCAGUCAACUAAAGACUCUACUGUCGGAACCGCAAAGCCGGUCAAGGUUGCGCUGCCCGCCAAACCUCUUUCCAAACCUCCCCUUUCGAACGGUGCUCGACCGAGCCCGGGACCGAAGCAACAUAUUGUCGUCCUCAAGUACGGCAAGAAGAAUCGCAAGUGGGUCGAGGGACUGCUCAAGUUUGCCUCUCGGUCGAAAAAGGCUCUUCUCAAGAAUGAGGAGGUCCCUUCCAAGGGAGCCCUGGACGCCAAACCCAGAAAGGAUCUGCCAGCGCGGGAUGUGCUCGAUGGCGUGAACCAUGCCGAUGUCAAGCCAAAGACACAGCCGGCGCGACAGGAUGAGACAAAGUCUCGCGUGGAGAGGGAUGUAAAACAACGCAACGUACUUGAUGCAAACAGUUCCGACAAGAAGCGCAGGGGAGGCGAUAGCCCUCCUACAGCCAUCAAAAAGGUCAAGAUGGAGGCCGAGGGUGACAAAAGACCGUCCACUCCAAACCCGUCUACAGGAAAGAUACCAUCAGCGACUUCCAAGUCCACAUUCUCUACGCCCAAAAGAGACAUCAGAUCAGCGGCCAUGCGAAGGGUCGAGUCCACCGACGGUCUGGAUGCCCCCACUCCCACCGGCGAAAGAGGGCGCCUGUCGACACCCUUGGCUGCCCCGAAGCCUUCACCCCAGCCUCUCACCAGCAGUGUCAGCCGAGAGGAAGAACGUCAGCAUUGGGUGAACAUGCACACCAAGUACUUUGCGCUAGGUCGAACUAUUAAGAAUGAAGGAACCUCGCUCGCACCAUCCCCCAACGACGAUGCUAGUACCGGCCAUUCUCCCAAAUCACUCGCUCUACUUGUUGAGGCACUGUUAUGUUUUAUGAUAAAUUCUGCGGCCCAGGCUCAGGCCAGGCCUAGAAGCGACGCAGGAUGGGCGACCAUCAUGCCCUAUCACACUUUCGUUUUUCGAGCCUCUCGGAAAUACCCUCGCGUCCAUGGUCUGGUUGUCCAGCUCGGAGCAGUCUGUCGACAACUCAGUCACAAUUUCGACAUGGACCGACUCGCUCGAGACCCACUGCCUGAGGACUUUUGCAAUUCUGCGCCGACGCCGGGAAGUGAUGGCAAUACCAAGACGAAUGAGGAUGUGGAAAGAUACAAGAAGCAGUACCUCAGGUUUCGGGAUGAGCUCGUGCAUAAUGCUCGUUGCUUACAGACCGCAUGGCUUGACGGACCUCGCCUUCUCCCGCAUGAGAUCUUAAAGCGUGAUUUCCCAGCCACGUGGUCAAAGAGAAUCAAGGACUCGGCGCAACGCUUGCAAGACAAGCCGACCAGCACUCACAUCCCAAAGGAGUACUAUCUUCCUCUCGAUGUCAACACAACGGCCUUUGAAGCAGUGCGAUAUGGUUUGGCGUUUCUUCAGGAAUGGGCCGAACAGGAAAAGAUUGACUGGAAGACCAGAAUUGACCUAUGAUUAGUUUGGGGUCAAGACGUUCACAUUUCGGACGUGGCCCAAUCGAUUGCGUGGAAGGCAGAUGAACAGACGGCCCGAAUCCAAAAGUACAGGAACUUGGUGCCUGACGUUUGUGGCGGGAUGGACUACAUUCCGAUAUGAUACCCCAAAAUGAUUGAUAUUCGAGGAUCUGCAUAGCGAGGUGGUGGAUGGAGAUGCCACUGGGGUUGUUAGCCAGUAGACAUGAUCACCGUCAUGUGCCUACAAUAUUUGCUAAAGACAUGGACCUAACCAUACUAAUGCUUCAGUUUACAGAAUGCAC